AUGCAUUUGCGUCAGCAACCGUCGGUUGUUCCUCAAAUAUCGAUUCAAAACUGCAAUGAAGAUUCAUCAGCAUUUCCCCUAACUAAGCAUUCGAGAAUCAUUCAUUCGACAAAUGAUACAGCUCUAAAAUAUAAAAUUAAUAAUAACGUUGGUAACCCACGAAUUAGGAAAAUGCGUGCCUUUUCCAUGAUAAGUCCAGAUGAUGAUGACUUGGAGAUUAUUAAAACAACAAGUAAUAGAAAAGGUGAAGUAUCUGAAGAUAGCUCUAGAUCUCCAGAUAUAAUGUUAGACUCAAAAUUAAAUACAAAUAUUUUUGAAACUCAGACAGUAGAAAAAUCUAAAAAUUCGCUAGUACGAAAUAAUUCAAUUCAUACCAUUGAUCCUAAGAAUAAAGACGCUAGAAAUCAUAGAUCAAUAUCUAAUAUUAUACAUGAUAUUACAUCCACUUCUUCACCAAUUAUUAGACCUUCUAGUGUUCCAGAUAUUUAUAUCAAUGAUACUCCGACGAAAAAGGCAGUAGAUACUACUUCAAAAUAUACUGGGAAGCAUUCAAGGCUACAGAACCAUAAUCCAAACCCAAACUUACUUCCAGCAUUCCAAGUAAACCCAGUUACUGAUCGUAGGAGAAAUACAGCUAUUGGAGUAACAACAGUUGAUAGUAAGACUCCUAUAAUAAUUGGGCCUCCGCCAUCUUUGCCUAGAAUAAUACCAAAUAUGCAUCGUAGAUUUAGUGCUGGUCCUUCUAAUUUUAGGAGAGCUUCAACACCAAAUCCUGACCUAAGAUCUAAUUAUAUUUCUAAAAAAGACUUUACCGAUUCUGCAACAGGGACAUUUAGUGAUUUGUUAUUCAAAGAAGAUGCACAAGGUGGGUGCUAUUCUAGAAGACCGAGGCUAUCAUCAAGUUCAGGGUCUUCUUCAAUGACAAAUCUACAGCUUCUUAACAAUACUACUCUAAAUUCUAAGUUUUUACCUUUAACGUUAUCACCAAAAUCGGGGGCUAAUUCUAUGAGUCGGAAGCUAUCAGAUAAAGAAAUGUUAAUGCCUGGUGCUCUUUCAAAACAAUCAACGGCCAAUAAUAAACAAAAGUUAUCUCACUCAACGAGCAAGAAGCAACAUCAUCAUUCCCACCAUCACCACCACCACCACCAUCAUCAUCAUCAUCAUAAUAGUAAUGGUAAUUCUAACAAUAAUAGUAGCAAUAAUAAUAAUAAUAAUAAUAAUAUUCACCAUGAAAAGGAUAAAGAUGAAACUCAAAAUGAUAAUCACAAACAAAAACACAAAAAAAUGCAUGAAAGUAAUCAUAAACACACACCAAGUGAUGAUACCUCAAUAAUACCUGAUGACACUUCGUAUACUGACUCAAACAAACCCCAUUUUGAUCUAAAUUACUCCCAUUAUAGUGAUAAGCAUUCUGAUUCAACGGAAGUGUUUGAAAAAGGCAAGAAAAAAUUAGCACAACAAUUUUUUAAAUCAAUGAGACCGCCUAUGUCACCUUCGAAAUCAUCUACUAAUAAAAAUCUAAGUCCAUCAUCAAAUCAAAAGCAAAAUUAUAUGAGCUCAGGCUCAAAUUUCUCUUCCAGUUUAGAAUUGCCACAGACUACAAAACAAAGUAAAUCACCUUUGAAAAAUAUUCUUUUACAAAAUCAUAACCGUAAGCAUAGACAUAAAUGUAAUAAAAAUAAAAAUAAGAGCAAAAUAGGACAAGCCUAUUUACAGCCACCUAGCCAUCAAAAAGAUGGUUAUUCUACAGACGAUGAGAUAUCAGAUAUACAAGACGUCUUUGAUGAACAAGAUGAGCUUCAAGAUGAUAAAUACCAAGAUUCUGAGAAUUUAACAACAUCUUGGAGAAAUAUAAUUUAUAAAGAUUUUACAAAGUCUACUUCCAAAUCCGACCAACAGAAACUAUCUGAUAAGAAUAAGACAAAGAGUACACUAUCAAUCCAUUCCCCAUUUUCUUCAAGAAUUAAAUCUAACAAUAAUUUGGGAAAUUUUACGUCUCUGUCAGCGUCUCCUUCAGCUACAGUAACUCCAUUUGUUUCAUCUUCAUCCUCAUUUUCUUCAGACAAUGAUUAUUCAUCAUGCUCCUUUUCUGAUUCGUAUUGGGACUCAGUUCUAUACACAGAUUCUGAUUCACAAAGCGAAGAUUCAAUAAACUCUUCACUACCUUCAUAUUAUUAUGAUGAAACUCAUGAUCACCAGCAUGAGCGUAGAAAUGCGAUUGCUCCUAAAAAAUCGAUUGGUCAAGAUUUAAGAACUGAUUUCCAUACUCUUGCUUUGGAAAACUUAAGUGAGUCGUCGUUACAUUGGAAAGAAGAUCCAUUAUUUUAUAAAAAGCAUAUCAAUAUUCAAGUGAAUAGUUUCGAAUCAAUUUUAAGGGAUCGUCUAAUUAAUGUAUUGUUACAUGACGAAAAAAAAUUUGAAAAAAAUUUAAAUAAUUUUGAUUCAUUAUAUUCAGACGUUGAUUCCUUAAAAAAUAAAAUACUAGGAUUGUACGACUUGAUUGAGAAUAAUUACUUGGUUUGUUUAGAUAAUGCAUUUAAUAAGGAUGAUCUUGAUUCUUUUAUCUCAAGAUUAGAUAAAACAAUGGAUGCUAGUGUUGGGAAAUUAAGUGUUUUAGAAAAGAGAUUGAAAAUAAGUGGAGAUAAAUUAGCUAGGCAUAGAGAAACUAUGAAGAAGUUAGAUUCUGUGUUAAAGUUUCAAACAAGAGUAAGGGAAAUGGAUGAUAGUGGGGGAGGUGUGCGUUGGAUCGGAUGGAUUUUAGAUGCGAUCACUCUUUUAAUCGUUACCUUAGUCAUUUACGGACUCUUAAAAUUAUUUUAA